UGCAGACAACUCGACUCUUCCUUAGGCAACAUAUUUAUCUCAGCUUCUACCAUUCGUCCUUGCCUACCUCGACCUGGUUCACCUGAACGAUGCUUCUGCCUGAUAUCUAGCUCAUAUACAGGAUCGCCUCUUUUUAUUUCCCUUACUCGCACGGUUGUCCUUUUGUUUAUUAAUCCCCGACAUCAGUCACAUAGAGCUGUUGGUCAGACUUGCACGGAUAUAAUCCAACAAACCCAAGUGGUCCCUGUUUUUCCUUCAGAGAAGUCCGUCCCAGUCAGCGAUACCAGGACUCCCUCAUCGCCCACCAUGGAUUUCAUACUCUCCCUCCCCAUCGUGUCCUAUUUCCUCGCCCCCGCUAUCACCUCCUGGUCCACCUCUCUCAACCUCCUCUUCUUCUACAUGACCUGGUCCACCCUCGUCCUGUCCCACGGCGCUCUCAAAAUCCAGCUAAUCGGCCUCUUCGCCAUCCGUCUCGUCCUCUGGCUCGCGCCAUCGCUCCUCUUCCUCGCUUUCGAUACCCUCCUCCCCUCCGUCGCCGCCUCUCUCAAGGCGGGCGGCGCAUCGUCCCUACCCUCGACCCGGAACAACGGCACCCAGCUCCUACGGACCUUCGCCCUGGCCGUCUUCAACCUCGCCCUCUCCGCCGCCCUCGAUGCCGCCGCCACCACGUUCUCGUGCUACGCCUUCGGAUCCCCCGUCUUCAAGACCUCCACCACGCUGCCCCUCCCCUGGCAGCUCGUCAAGCACCUCGCUCUCCUCCUCGCCGGCCGCGAACUGCUGACCUAUUACAUCCACCGCGGCGUCCUGCACGCUUCGUCCCCGAACCGGGCCGCGAAAUGGCACGCGCAGUACGCCCACGCCCGCAAAACGCCGCUCUUCUCCCUUCGUCUCUUCGCGGACCAUCCCGUCCCGUGCCUCCUCCACCGCUUCGUGCCGUUGUAUCUCCCCGCCGUGGCGCUGCGGCCCCACCUCCUCGUCUACUUCCUCUACGUGGCGCUUUGUACGGGCGAGGAGACCCUGGCUAUGAGUGGUUACUCCACGGUCCCUGGCAUUAUCAUGGGAGGCAUUGCCCGUCGCACGGCCGCCCACUAUGCAUCGGGCGGGGUGGGGAACUAUGGUGCUUGGGGCAUCCUGGACUGGGCACAUGGUACCACUCGCGGGCAGGAUGUCAUGGAGGAUAUGAAGGACGAGGCAGAGAAGCAUGCGGUGAAGGAAAGAGGGGAGAACGCUGCGAGCAACGGCCUAUCAGCCGUGAAGGAGGGGAUGAACGGGUUGAAGAAAGGGGGAAGGGGAAGGCCGAGGAAAACUAAGACCGAGAAAGAGGACUCGUAG